UCGUAAUUGUGAAGGAACAGCCAGUCACGGAGAGAAGCAGCCAUUCGUAGGGGUCUGGAGGGCGGGACUAAGGCGGAAUACGGGUGGAGAAGUGAAAUAAGGCGCUUUCUUGCCGUUUUUCCCCGCCUGACCGCUUCCUCCGCAGGGCAGUGGUGUGUGUGGGUGCUCGGUGUUCGCGGCGUGUCAGUCGCAGAGAUGUGACCGUGGGCGGGCGGGCAGGAGCGGCAGCUUUAACCGGGGGUUACUGAUUAAUCCAGCAGCGCGGAGACCAGCCUACAUAAAGACCUGCGGGCGGACCGAGCAGCACUGUGACAGCGGCGGCUCUCCAUUCAGCGCUCCAGCCUGUAGAGGAGGAGGUUGGUGACGGGACAAGCCGACCUUAUCUCGCUCACGCAUUUCUGAGGGGUUUGUAAUAGUAGCCCGGCUCCACAGACCUUUAAAUACAUCUCUGAAAGUCUUUCAACACCACGUGGUGUAAAGUGAGCCACAGGCCAGGCUGACUGGGCAGAGCUGCUUGGGACCUUUUCAGAGAAGACUUGACAGGAACAGAGCAGUGUGGGCCUGAGAGAGAGAGAGAGAGAAAGAAAGAAAGAGAGAGAGAGAGGGAGGAAAAAAAUCUACCACAAACUACUGAGAAACUUCAAUCUGCAAAACUUCUUCUACUUCUCCGUUUCUACUGAUCUGUUCUCGAGAUAUUGCUCUGCACCUGUGAGGGUGAGAAGAUAUCUUCAGAUAUCUUAUUCUGAGCUUGGCUUCCACUGCCUGCGUCGGUUGAAAUGCAUCUUUCAUUCGUUCGUUUGUCUUAAACGAGAGAACUGUAGUGAAUGGGGAACAUAAUUUGUAUGCUGCCCAAGUUCAGGCAGGAUCUUAAGCAAGCCCGAAGAGGGGUAAUGCACCUGCCUCUUUUGCUCAACCUGUAGUUACGAAGAGUUCCAGGAGCUGGAGGGCCCAGAGCGCUGCGUCUUUCAUGGGAUAGAUCGGCUGUGCAGAUCAGGCUUAAUCACUCUGGUCAGAAGAAGGAAAGCUGUGAAAAGUGCAGUCCAGCCUAUUUCUCCCCCAGUUUCUUUGUUCUAAACUUUAAACUUCAAGGCUUCCGCAUGGUACUCUGGUCGAAAGAGCAAGACAAACUGUCCACCGACAUGUCCACCGGGACGGAGAGAAUAGAGAUGAAGAAGGAGGGAGCGCCGCCGGCCUACCACCACUCCAAUGGGUCCGUCCACCCGGUCAUCCUGCCCGGCGACCCCGACGAGAGGCAGCCCAACGCCGGAGAGUACGAGCUCACAGAGGUUACCUCUUUCUCGGACCGGGCCGAGCAAGAGAACGACCAUUCCGAAAUGGUGGUCAUUGACUGUCGGGCCAAUGCCAAGGGGCAGAGGGAGGAGGACGCUCUCUUGGAGAACGCCAGCCAAAGCAACGAAAGUGAUGACACAAGCACGGACCAAAGCCCAGUGCCACCGGCUCCUCUGAAGGAGACAUCCUUCUCCAUCGGACUCCAGGUCGUGUUCCCUUUCCUGCUGGCGGGGUUUGGAACAGUGGCCGCUGGCAUGGUCCUCGACAUAGUUCAACAUUGGAAAGUGUUCGCUGAGGUGAAUGAGGUCUUCAUCCUGGUGCCUGCUCUCUUGGGUCUCAAGGGGAACCUGGAGAUGACACUGGCCUCUAGACUUUCAACUGCAGCUAAUAUUGGGCAGAUGGACACCGCCAAGGAGAUGUGGAAAAUGAUAAUGGGAAACCUUGCGCUGAUUCAGGUACAGGCCACCGUGGUUGGCUUCCUGGCCUCCAUUGCUGCAGUCAUUUUUGGCUGGAUUCCAGAGGGCAAUUUCAAGAUGGGCCAUGCAGUUCUUCUUUGUGCCAGCAGCGUUGCCACAGCCUUCAUAGCCUCCUUGCUGCUAGGCCUCGUCAUGAUUGGGGUGAUCAUAGCUUCCAGAAAGGUUGGCAUUAAUCCAGACAACGUGGCCACCCCUAUUGCUGCCAGCCUUGGAGACCUGAUUACCCUGUCCUUGCUGGCUGGCAUCAGCACGGGGCUUUACAAGGAGCUGGAUUAUAAUGAAUACGCCAACCCGGUGGUAUGUGUCUUCUUUAUCGCACUGACGCCUGUCUGGGUCCUGAUUGCCAGAAAAAUCCCAUCCACGAGAGAAGUGCUCUAUUCUGGGUGGGAACCAGUUAUAAUUGCCAUGGCAAUCAGCAGUGUUGGGGGACUUAUCCUGGAUAAGACUGUGACGGAUCCCAACUUUGCUGGAAUGGCAGUUUUCACACCAGUCAUCAACGGCGUGGCUGGUAACUUGGUGGCAGUGCAGGCCAGUCGGAUCUCCACGUACUUGCACAUGAAUGGCCUGCCCAUUGCCGAACCCAACCCUUCUCCGCAAAAAUGCCCCACACCCUGCAGCACAUUCUUUGGCUCAGGAGUGAAUUCCCGUUCAGCCCGAGUGCUCUUCCUCCUGGUGGCUCCUGGUCAUCUGGUCUUUCUGUACACUAUUAACUCCAUGAGGGGUGGACACACCACUCUCACCUACAUCUUCAUUGCGUUUUACUUGGCUGCUGCAUUACUUCAGGUGAUGAUCCUACUGUAUCUGGCUGACUGGAUGGUGCAGUGGAUGUGGAAACGAGGGAUGGACCCCGAUAACUUCUCCAUUCCCUACCUGACUGCCCUGGGUGACCUGCUGGGGACGGGCUUCCUGGCUCUGUGCUUCCACAUCCUGUGGCUGAUUGGAGACCGAGACACGGACGUGGGCGACUGAACCUUUACCCAAUCAGCUGUGGACCUUGUGCCUCCUUUGUCCAGCCAAGACGAGUCUGUUAUUUAUAAUACCAUGUAGAGUAAUGAUAUCUACAUUAUUAAGGCUACAAUAGCCACUAUGAUUGAUUUAUAAUGAUGACUUAUAAUACUAUUGCUAUAGUAUUGGUAUGUAAUGAUUAUUACAUUAUUGCUUAUCUUCUUGUGGGAGAACAGGAUUCCUCAUUAUUUUUCAAUGGGGAUGUUCAGCCCCCUUUUUUAUGGUCAGUCAUGUUGACAGCAAUGGAAAAAGAAACAAAACAAGCUAAAAAAAAAAAAAGGUUGACUUGAAAUGUUCACAAGCCGCAAAAAGCACACACAGAAUGCUCAAUCACUAAGUGCUCUAUGUAAAGUGAUAAAAAAUGAGAAACAAAAAGGUGUCAGAGUUCUGAGCUUAACUCAGACCUUAAAUCUUGACAGUAAGCAGUUAAUGGAAGUUUCUGGACCACAGAAAAUUACCUGAAUACACUCUUGUGCCAGAGGUUUUUAAAAAAAAAAGUAGAGAAACUGGAAUGUCUCUGCAAAGCAGUGCAGGCUAGAGACAAGCAAACCAAAACAAGACGAGGAAAGUCCAUGCAGGUCAUUAGAGUUUUAAUUAACUCUUACAUGCCGGAUCUGAACACAUGUUUUACAGCAGCAUAUGGAGAAUGAUACAGAAUGCAGUGAUUCACAUGAUGACAUUUACAGUUAAGCUUUCAGGGUCAGCUCCUGAGGCUCUUCUCCACUUAGAGAAGAACUUUGUUUCUCACUCAAAUCCGUUCAAAAAGAAUCUCUUAGGUGUUUACUUUGUUGGUGAAAAAAAAACAUUAAAUAAUAGUUUUUCUCUGAACUGCAUAUUUAUCGUUUACAGUUUCAUCUCGUCUGAGGUUGGCCGUAAAUUGCUUCCAUCCAUUGUGUACAGUUGGGUCAAAAUAAUGGGACACUAAUACAGGUAGCACAGCUGGUGUAGUAGCAGUGUUCAUAUACUGUACAAGCAGAAAUACACGUGUACUAAUUAAGGACAUCAAUUAGACCCUUUUUUGAGGAAGCCAAGUCCGCAAGCAGAUAAUGAACUGCUUGAGUAUGGUUUCACACUUUUCACACUUAGUUGCUGUCCAAAAUAAAACAUGUAUAGCCAAAAUAGUAACUUUAUUUCUAUCUCCUUCUCAUUUUCUUCCCAAUUUGGUAGAACAAUUACUCAAUCCCUGUUCAUAUGAACUCACUAGUAAUGCCUCAACACUACGAGGGUAAAGUCUGGCACAUGCCUUCUCUGACACAUGUGAUGCCAGCAGCAUGGCUAGGCAGUCAACAAGCUCUGAGGAAAUGGCUGGAUCAUCAGUUCCAGUACAGUACAACAGCUAACAGAGGCCUGUGCUGAUCAACAUGUGGUAAGGAAUUGCCUGAGGAAGCUAGGCCAAUUGUGUGCUCUCUGAUUCCGACUGCUAAUGGCAAGCAACAUGCAACAUGAUCCAGGAUUCAAAACCAGGAAUCCUUAGAUCAUAGACAGUGCCUUAGGGUGUUUUUCACACCAGCACUAUUUUGGAUCUCAUAUACUCAUAUUUGAGCUAAAUGGCUGUUCAGGUCCAGUUUAAUCUGAUUUAUUGCCCAUAAAAUCACUACAGCUGUUAACUAAUUCCAGCUCUGCUGCUUCUCCAUGCUAGGCUGUUUUCUCACUGAAGGCUGUAUGUGUAGCACUUGCUGCUCAUGCAAAUCUGCCUACUGAGCAGCAUCUGCACCACGCAUGCCAUUUAAAUCAAUGAAAUCGCAGCGGAAAAUUUUCCACAUUCAAUGUAAAAGCAGCGUCGCACUGCGCAAAUAUAUGCGCUAGUCUGUAACACAGGACCCUCAUAAUGUAUUUACUUCCUUGCUCCCGUGCCAGACAACUCUAACCAUUCAGAGGAAACGGCAUGCUCACAUAGUUUGUUGGGCCACAUUUUGGGGCGUGUAUGUUUUUGCCUGUGUGAAAACAAACCAAACAGAUUAAAAAAGGUUAAAAACGCAUUUACUCUGCUGAACCACGCGAAGCUUGGAGAAUUUCUAUUGUUUCUAUUGAAAUUUUGACACAAAGUGAAGAAUAUCUGCUACAGUCAAAAGCGUACCAAACUAAAAAUAAACAAAAAUGGAGAUCCAUGUUGUUCUUUAGACAGCAACGACAUAGGCUACUCUAUAUAGCUUGCGCAGCACAUGUUGCUGUGCAGUUUUUUUGACUGCUUGUGAGCAUGUAAAUCAGAACACUGGGCUUUAUGAGACACACUGUCUGAAACUGUUUUUUUUUGUAACAAGAACAAACUGUUACAAUUAAUUUUGCUAAGAAGCUUAACGCAAAAGGGCUAUUUUUUGUUUCUUUUUGAUUUUUUUGGACUUUUGUAACGCUGCAACAUUGCAUGGAAUGUGCUUUCUGAUUAGAAGUGCUGUCCAAUAUGGCUUUCUCUGAGCAGGCCUAAUUGGUUAGGUCCAAAUCUGAUUUGAUAUCAUGAAUAACUGCAAUAUGGGCACUUAUUCUCCAGUGCUCUUCUUAAAGCUGGAUGUGAUGAGUUUUUUUGUUUUCCAAAAAAAAAAAAGAAAAUGC